GCAAAAGAGCCGCUCGCCGCCCUGCCGGCUCUCGCCAAGGGCCAUAGGGAACGGGACAGACCGAAACAGCGGACGGCGACGACCAGAAAGGCGCGGUGCUGUGCGGGGUCCACACCUUCCCUCCCGCUGCAGCUACAGGGCUCUGCGGCCGGAGCGGUGCCACUAUUUGCAGCACGAAGUUCGGUGCUAUUUAAAGCUUUCACUGCUCUUGGAGAAGAGCGUUGACAGCCGGACUAGGGGCAUGCACCUACGUUCCACCCUAGUUUAAGGAGGAUUUCUGGAGGCUCCGUUAUGUAAUGCUUCUGGCCUUCAGAAAUCACUCCACGCGGGUGGCUUUUCAGAGCUUGUGUGAGGGGGCAAGGACAACCCCCUGCCUCCCACAGAGCCAUCUCCAACAUCCCAGGGAACGGGACUGUGCCAUACCGACGGGCACGCCAGGUGAGACGGCAUCACUGCUCCAGUGCUGCAGGCUGUCCUGGCUCCGUGGGCUCCCGGCACCACAGCAGCGGUGCCAGCGUGGGUCCUUCUGGUCAGAUCUGGUGCUGGAGACAUGGGACCUGCAGUGCGAGCGCAACGGCCGGGAGCACCGGACAGCAGAGAUGGGCUGCCAGCAGCUGGUGGUGCGGCGGGGACAGCCCUUCAUCAUCACCCUGCACUUCUCAGGCAGGGGCUACGAGGAGGGGGUGGAUAAACUCGCCUUCAACGUCGAGACAGGGCCCUGCCCCAUCGAGACGUCGGGAACCAAAUCCCACUUUGCUGUGACCGACUUCCCAGAAGAAUCGGGCUGGAGCGCCGUGGUCCAGCAGCAGGAUGGGGACUCGCUCUCCAUCUCACUCUGCUCCCCUGCCAGCGCCUGCAUCGGCCGCUACAGCCUGACGCUGGAGACCUCCACCGGCUACCAGGGCACCAGCUGCCACAUAGGCCACUUCGUUCUGCUCUUUAAUGCCUGGCACCCAGAGGACACGGUUUUCCUCCGAGACGAGGAUGAGCGCUGUGAGUACGUGCUGUCCCAGCAGGGUCUCAUCUACCAGGGCACCUGUGACUACAUCACCUCUGUCCCCUGGAACUUUGGCCAGUUUGAGGAUGACGUCUUGUCCAUCUGCCUCAAGCUGCUAGACACAAACCCCAAAUUCCUGAGGGACCAGAACCAGGACUGCUCCCACCGCAAUGACCCCGUGUACAUCGGCAGGGUGAUGAGUGCCAUGAUAAAUUGUAAUGAUGAGGACCUGGGGGUGCUGGCGGGGCGGUGGGACAACCAUUACGAAGAUGGGACGAGCCCGAUGGCCUGGAUCGGGAGCGUGGAUAUUCUCAAGAGGUGGAAGAAGUUUGGGUGCCAGCCCGUCAAAUAUGGCCAGUGCUGGGUCUUCGCUGCUGUGGCGUGUACUGUCAUGCGGUGCCUGGGGAUCCCCAGCCGGGUGGUGACCAACUACAGCUCAGCCCACGACACCAAUGGCAACCUGGUCAUUGACCGCUACCUCAACGAGUCAGGGGACUUGCAGCAGUCCAAGGAGAAGAUUUGGAACUUCCACUGCUGGAUAGAGUCCUGGAUGGCCCGUCCAGACCUGGCACCCGGCUACGAUGGGUGGCAGGUGCUGGACCCAACACCCCAGGAGAAGAGCGAAGGGGUUUUCUGCUGCGGGCCGGCCCCGGUCCGAGCCAUCAAGGAGGGCGACCUGCAGCUGAAGUACGACAUUCCCUUCGUCUUCGCGGAGGUGAACGCUGACCUGGUGUACUGGGUGGUGAAGCACGAUGGGUCGCAGAAGAAAAGCACCCAGUCCUCGCUCGUGGGGAAGAACAUCAGCACCAAGAGUGUAGGCAGGGACAGCAGAGAGGACAUCACCCACAACUACAAGUACCCAGAGGGGUCUGAAAAGGAAAGAGAAGUGUUUGCGAAGGCAGAGCAUGAGAGGAGCUCUCUCGGGGAGGACGACGAGGGGCUGCACGUCAGGAUCAAGCUGUCGGAGGGUGCAAACAACGGCUGCGACUUCAAUGUCUUCGCUGCCAUCAGCAACAACACAGACACAGAGCGAGUCUGCAGGCUCAUGCUGUGCGCCCGGACUGCCAGCUACAACGGCACUGUUGGGCCCCAGUGUGGCAUGAAGGACCUGCUGAACGUCACCCUUGCGCCCCGGGCAGAGAAGACCGUGCCCCUGUGCAUCCUGUACGAGAAGUACAGGGAGAGCCUGACCCAGGACAAUCUCAUCAAGGUGGUGGCUCUCCUAACAGAGUACCAGACUGGCAACAUUGCCGUGGCCAUGAGGGAUGUCUACAUCCAGAAUCCAGAGAUCAAGAUCAGGGUUUUAGGGGAGCCGAUGCAGAAGCGGAAGCUGGUGGCAGAGAUCAGCCUGGUGAACCCCCUCACAGACCCCCUGAACAACUGCGUGUUCGUGGUGGAGGGUAGCGGCCUCACCGACGGGCAGCGGAUCAAGGAGCUUGAGGAGCCCGUGCAGCCGCAGGCUGAGGUCAAGUUCAGGCUGGAUUUCGUGCCAUACCAGGCGGGGCUGCGCAAGCUGAUGGUGGACUUCGAGAGUGACAAGCUGAUGGGGGUGAAGGGCUACCGCAAUGUCAUCAUUGCGCCCCAGCCCAAGUGAGCGGCCACCUCCGCCCCUGCUGCCCCAGAGACCCUGCCUCUCCUCCUGCUCAGGGGCUCACCAGCUCCCCGCUCGCUUUAGCCCAAGAUGGUCCCAGAGACGCAUGGAAGGAUGACUGCCAAAGCCUAGCGCGACCCCAGCGCAGUGGCUGCGGUGCCAUGCUCUUCCCCAGGGCACUGGGUGCUGCAGGGAGAGAAGCAAUGGGGCCUUCGGGGGCUCCCUGAGGCAGCUGCUCGAUUCAUCACCUUUCCCUCACCCUGUGGGGUGGAAAUGUCCCUGUCCCACCUGUCCCCCAGCCUGGCUGCAGCAGGGACCCCUGGAGCCCAGCACGGCCAGGCCAUGGCCAGCCCCCUCCUCCUCCUGCAGCACUGGCAGCCCCAGGCUGCAGAGCAGAUUUCAUAACCAAACUGCAGAACAACUUUCUCCAGCACUGACUGCACCUCAGCCAUGCCCACGCGUGCCAUUGCCAUUCGGUAGAGAAAAGAUUGUAUACUGUGAGCACAAAGCUGUUUAUAUGCUACCGACAUAUACAACAAAUCUGUUUAUAGCUAUAUAAAUAUAUACUGCAUAUAAGCCUACUGCACAGGUAGAGCAGGGUAUUCGCUUUAACAACCGUUCCUGUUGCUGCAAACAGCAUGCAGUGUGGGAUGGGACAUUACCUUGACAUGAGUUAACUAAGCCAGCACUGAAUAAAAACUCUAUUUUUCACUUUUAAA